AUGCUCGCCGGUCACCGUUCUUCUUCUUUUUCUUCCUUCAACCACCGCUUCGGCACUGCUUCCGCAUCCUUCAUCAUGUCCGUCCACUCUGACUCCUCCGACGAUGGCUAUGAGGUCGCCCCUGCCAACGCCGAUCGCAUCCAGGGGAUCUCCAUCCGUCAUCAUGUGCCUGUCAUCCUCGACAUGGACGAAGGAAACUUCGGCCAGUGGCUCCUCUUCUUCGACUCCACGCUCUGCAAAUUCGGUCUUCAAAGCCAUGUCCGCUACAUCACCGCCGACGAGGACCGCACCGGCGAGUGGCGUAUGGUCGACGCCUGCGUCGUCAACUGGAUCCUCGCCACGGUCUCCAAGGGCGUCUUCGACAUCGUCAACCGCAGUCGCCACGACGUGUUCACCCUCUGGGAAACCGUCGUCGGUGUCUUCCAGGACAACGAGCUGCAGCGCGCCGUCUACCUGGAGGCCGAGCUGCGCACCUUGCAGCAAGGCGACAUGACCAUCAACGCCUACUUCACCAAGCUGAAACAGCUCGCCGAUCAACUGCGCGACAUCGGCCACCCCGUCUCCGAGCCGAGCCAAGUGCUCAACCUCCUUCGUGGCCUCAACCCCAAGUCCCGCUACGUCAAGCCUGUCAUCAUCUCCAAGUCCCCGCCUCACACCUUCAUGAGUGCGCGGUCCUUCCUCAUUCUGGAGGAGCUCGGCGCGGAUCACGAUGCCACCGCUGAGGCUGGCCAGGCGCUUACUGUGUCCCAUGGCGACCGCUCCGGCGGCAGCUCCAACACCAACGCCAACGCCAACGCCUCCAACGACGGAUCAUCCAGCUCCCCCGCGUCACGCACUACCACACGCUCCACCAACAACAACCGCAACAACCGAUCUGAUCGGCGGCGCGGGCGCGGCAGUGGCGCUGGCGACGGCGGCGGCUCCUCGCGCCAGGGCAACUCUAGUGGCCCGAAUGGGCCUUGGGCCUCCGGCUACAACCCUUGGCAGGGGAUGGUGCAGGCCUAG